AUGGAGGCAAUGCCCAUAGGACCGGAGGAAACAGGCCUAGUCGCCUGCUGUGAGUGUGGAACUCCUAUACCUCCGAAUCCGGCUAAUAUGUGUGUUGCAUGUUUGCGCAGUCGUGUGGACAUUACUGAAGGUAUACCUAAACAAUGUAAGUGCUUUGUUAUUUGAUCUCUUUUUAGGAUAUUUGACCAAAUGGGAUAUUGUGGUAGAUGAAAGGUGGGAGGUCAGCGAAAAUUGUUGUUAUUUAAUUAAUUUGAUGUCAAAACAAACAGAUUUGAUGUCAAGUUGAUCAGAAGAUAGCCUAGAAUAUGCUGUUUAAUCAAACUUUGCUUUCAGCAACGUUAAUGCACUGUAAAUUCUGCGAACGAUACCUGGUCCCACCUUCAACGUGGGCAGUUGCUGCAUUAGAAUCGAAAGAGCUGUUGUCGUUGUGUUUGAAGCGUCUGAAGCCACAGAUGUUGAAUGUGAGACUUGUAGAUGCACAAUUCAUCUGGACUGAACCGCAUUCAAAGCGAGUUAAGGUUAAAAUGACGGUUCAAAAGGAAGUCUUCACCAAUGCUGUACUACAACAAUCUUUUAUUGUUGAAUAUGUUAUUUGUGGACAAGUAAGUAGUUUGAUUCUGUUUUUGGUUUUUAGAGUUAUUCUGAAGGUAUUGAAAGCGAGUUUUUAGACUGGAAAGGUGAAUUGGCUUUAAGGGAGAAAAUUAUAUUAUCUAUGAUCAAGUAAUGAGUGAAGUGAAUUUACAUUUUAAUGUAACUUUUUAGCUGCUUUAGAUAGAAGCUUGAAAUUUUGUACGAUUAUAGAUUAGUCUUUUGGUUAACUACUCUAGGAAAAGAUUUUUUUACUUUCGGAAAAUUGAAAAGUUACAGUAGUUUUACCAACAUCUUUUAUAAUAGUUAAAUAUCUGUUGUUUUCUUUAAAAAGGAAGCAAAUUUUCAGGUUUUUGCAGUAAAUAGACUCUAAAAAGAACUGAUUUCGAUCUCUUACAGGUCUGUGAAGAUUGCCACCGUAUUCAAGCUAAAGAUUACUGGAGGGCAUUGCUUCAAAUUCGCCAAAAAUGCGACUUCAAAAAGACCUUGUUCUAUCUAGAACAACUGUUGCUCAAAUACGACGCUGCUUCUCAAGCAAACAAUGUGAAACCAGUGCCAACCGGAAUUGAUUUCUACUUUGCUAAACAACAAGAUUGUCGAAAGCUACUGGAGUUUGUGAAUACCGUAUUACCAUGUAAAUACCAUUACUCACAACAACUGAUAUCCCAAGAUGUGAAGAACAACACCUUCGACUACAAACACACCUAUUGUAUCGAAAUUUGCCCGGUAACCAAGGAUUCGCUCGUUUGUCUACCUAAAAAGCUGGCUCAGUCUUAUGGUAACAUGGGCCAACUGCUGGUAUGCCUUAGGGUAACCAACGUACUCACGUUGAUUGAUCCCCAGAACAAUCAGAUUUAUGAUGUGAACAGUUUGACCUACUUUAAGGAGCCGUUUGAGAUGUUUUUGGGUCCAAAGAAUAUGGUCGAGUUCUAUGUGAUUGAGGUAGAGUUCAUCAAUGACCUGAAGCGGUCAAAAGGUCACGGUCAUGUAUCGACCAAACAUCAACUGGCCCAUAUGUCUGUAUGUCGUGCUAAUGAGGUUGGUCAACCUGAUGCUCAAAUUUACUCUACCAGAAGUCAUUUGGGAAGGAUGCUGAAUCCUGGAGACACUGUCAUGGGUAAUAUAUUAUUUUAACAUUUUUUUUGUUAUUUUAAGCUUUUUUUUUGUCUUCUCGGGCUUACUUUUAGCAUUUUAGGCUUAUUACACCUAUGCUCAUUAAUUUCAACUCUAAGAUGCUCAAAAAAUAAAGGAUAAUAUAAUAUUGUUUUAGGUUUCGACCUGCUGAACACGAAUGUCAACAAUCCCGUCUUUGAUGACAUGAAGGACGAGAACAAACCUGACUGUAUCCUGGUUAGAAAGUGCUACGACAGAGAGUUGAGAAACAGAAAGAGAAACUGGAAAUUGAAGAGACUGAUCGACCAAGGAGAUACCGCUAGUGUCGAGAAUGAAUUCCAGGUAAAUUUUUUAUUUUUUUUUGAUAUUUAGGCAUGAAUUUGACAGAAGUAUGGAUUUAGAGCCGAAAGAUUGAAAAGUUUCGAUAAAGAAUUAAUUUUUUAAUUCAGGUUUAUUAAUUUGCACGGUGCAGAGGUUAAUAAUUUCGAUUGCACCGUGCAAAAAAAUUAAAUCUUUGAAAUAUUUAAAAUACGCAAAAAUUUGCAGAGAUUCAUCGAAGACCUGGAAGAAGACGAACAUCUUCGAGAGAAGGUCAACAUCUACAAAGAUACGACCAAAGCGAAACGAGUACCAGAGUCAGAAGUGGACCCGGCCGAUCUACCAGAAGGCAAUCAGUUGGCAGAUUUGUUGGAGGAACUCGAGAUUGCUGAUGUUGAAAUGGCUGAAUAA